AGGAAUUAUAUGCGGCAUAUUCAUCUAUAUGAUUCCUUGUUAUGGAACAACCCUCAAAGUUGUGAUCAACAAUUCGUGGUUGCCUUGCCUAGUUGCCUUACAUUUUUUUUUGUUGUUUCACUUUUCUAAAAUAAAUACAAGGCCUAUCAUUUCCUACCCACAACCAACGGCCAAGAUACUCCUCAAUUCUCCAUCCAACGGUUCUCCUUCCUCCUCAUGCUUAUUGGCCAUCCAUUAUUCAAACAAGAUUUGCUAGGCCCCACUUCUCCUCUCCUCAUCCUCUCAUAACACACUCCUCUCCAACUAAACUAAACACUCUCAUCUUCUUCUUCUUCUCUUUUAUCCAACCAACACAAGAGUGAGAAGAAGAGAGAGAAACAAAUCAACAAUGGCAGCUUCUUCCUCUCUUAGUACACUAUCUCAUCAUCAAACACUUCUCUCACACCCAAAAACCCACCUUCCAACCACCCCUGCAUCCUCCCUUUUAGUCCCUACAACCUCCUCUAAGGUCAAUGGGGUGCUUCUUAAGUCAACCUCCUCCUCUAGGAGGCUGCGCGUGGGAUCACGCUCCGCCGUGGUGAGGGCUGCAGCUGUUGAAGCCUUGGAGAGUACUGAUACUGACCAACUUGUUGAGAAGUCUGUGAACACUAUUAGGUUCUUGGCUAUUGAUGCUGUUGAGAAGGCUAAUUCGGGUCACCCCGGUUUGCCUAUGGGUUGUGCACCCAUGGGUCAUAUAUUGUAUGAUGAGAUCAUGCGGUAUAACCCGAAGAACCCGUAUUGGUUUAACCGUGACCGGUUUGUUCUCUCUGCGGGUCAUGGUUGUAUGCUUCAGUAUGCUCUUCUUCACCUUGCUGGUUAUGACAGUGUCUUGGAAGAGGAUUUGAAGACUUUCCGUCAAUGGGGAAGCAGAAUUCCCGGUCACCCUGAGAACUUUGAGACUCCUGGAGUAGAAGUUACAACUGGGCCACUUGGUCAGGGAAUAGCCAAUGCUGUUGGUUUGGCUCUUGCUGAGAAGCAUUUAGCUGCACGAUUCAACAAACCUGAUGCUGAAAUCGUUGAUCAUUACACGUAUGUCAUUCUUGGUGAUGGUUGCCAAAUGGAAGGGAUUGCCCAGGAAGCUUGCUCCCUUGCUGGUCAUUGGGGGCUUGGAAAAUUGAUUGCCUUUUAUGAUGAUAACCACAUUUCUAUUGAUGGUGAUACUGCCAUUGCUUUCACUGAGAGUGUUGAUCUGAGGUUUGAGGCCCUUGGCUGGCAUGUUAUCUGGGUUAAGAAUGGUAACACAGGCUACGAUGAAAUUCGUGCUGCUAUUAAGGAAGCUAAGACAGUCACAGACAAACCCACUUUGAUCAAGGUUACCACCACCAUCGGUUUUGGGUCUCCUAACAAGUCGAACUCAUACAGUGUGCACGGAAGUGCAUUGGGUUCAAAGGAAGUUGAGGCUACAAGGCAGAAUCUUGGUUGGCCUUACGAGCCAUUCCACGUUCCAGAGGAAGUUAAGAAGCACUGGAGCCGCCAUACUCCCGAGGGAGCCUCCUUGGAAGCUGAGUGGAAUACCAAGUUUGCCGAGUAUGAGAAGAAAUACCCUGAAGAUGCAACAGAGUUCAAGUCUAUCACUACUGGUGAAUUUCCUGCUGGUUGGGAGAAAGCUCUUCCUACCUACACACCUGAAACCCCAGGUGAUGCAACCAGAAACCUGUCACAACAAUGCUUAAACGCCCUUGCAAAGGUUAUUCCAGGACUCCUUGGUGGUAGUGCAGACCUUGCAUCAUCAAACAUGACCUUACUGAAAAUGUUUGGAGACUUCCAGAAGGACACACCGGAAGAAAGAAACGUCCGUUUUGGUGUCAGAGAACACGGAAUGGGAGCCAUUUGCAACGGUAUCUGCCUUCACAGCCCGGGUUUUGUCCCUUACUGUGCUACCUUCUUCGUGUUCACAGACUACAUGAGAGGAGCAAUGAGGAUCUCAGCCUUGUCAGAAGCCGGAGUCAUCUACGUCAUGACCCACGAUUCUAUCGGGCUUGGAGAAGAUGGACCCACCCAUCAACCCAUCGAGCACUUAGCAAGUUUCCGGGCCAUGCCCAACAUUCUUAUGCUCCGUCCAGCUGAUGGAAACGAGACUGCUGGUUCAUACAAAGUUGCUGUUGAAAACAGAAAGACACCCUCCAUCCUUGCUCUUUCUAGACAAAAACUCCCAAACUUGCCCGGAACUUCCAUUGAAGGAGUUGAGAAAGGAGGGUACACAAUCACAGACAACUCUUCAGGUAACAAACCUGAUGUUAUUCUUAUUGGAACUGGUUCAGAGCUGGAAAUUGCUGCAAAAGCUGGUGAUGAGUUAAGAAAAGAAGGAAAAGCUGUUAGGGUUGUAUCAUUCGUUUCUUGGGAAUUGUUUGAGAAACAAUCUGAUGAAUACAAGGAGAGUGUUCUUCCUUCAGAUGUUACUGCAAGAGUAAGUAUUGAAGCAGGAUCAACCUUUGGAUGGCAUAAGAUUGUGGGGUCAAAGGGGAAAGCCAUUGGUAUUGACAAGUUUGGAGCAAGUGCACCAGCAGGAAAGAUUUACCAGGAGUAUGGAAUUACAGUUGAGGCAGUUGUUGAAGCUGCAAAAUCAGUUUGUUAGGAUUCUUUUUGCCUCCUGUUUUUCCAUUUUUGUUGACUGAUCAAUGUAGACAUGGCUCCCUGGUGACUGGUGAGUUACUGUAUUACAGUAAAAAAAAAACCGAAAACUUUUAGUUACUGUAAAGAUAAACUUUGAAGGCUUUCUUGCAGUAUUAUGAUGAAUGUUUGUUGAUUUGUGUACUAAAACUUCAAUCCAAUGUUGUAGUGUGGACAGUAUUUCUGAAAAGGAACAACAACAAUGUGAAGCUCCCAUUUUACUGGA